AUGUUCUUGAGUAUAAGCCCCCUAAGUACGGUGAUGACCAUUAUUUUAUACAUUUGUUUGAUAAAGCGUCUUGUAAAGUGGACUUAUGUAUUACUGGAGUGUGUUUCUGACAUGAAAAAAGAACUUGAUUCUAAAGUUAUAGUUACACCAGUAUUAACUCUAGAAUCUGAUCUCAAGGGUAGUGUGACUUCAGAAUUAUGCAAAGAACAAAAGUGA